AACAUAGACAGUUCAGUCCGGUCGGGUCGUUAUUUUCUUCAGCCGAUUUCCUCUUCUUCUCUUCUCUUCCUUAGUCUUGUGAAACGGUACAUAGCAGAAAGAAUGUUGGAUGAAAGCAACUUUGAUGUCAAUCUGAAGCUGUGGGCUAUUCGGAUUCCCCGUGAACUCUGUAAAAGCGCAACUAAGAUACUCAAUGGAUACAUGCUCAACAUGCCUCGGAUUAAACCCAUCACUGAAGAAUCCGGUUUUGAAAAGACUCGUUUGGUGUUACUGUCGGAAACUGUUAAAAGUGCCGAUUUGUCGGAGAUACCAGAUGAAAAACUAAACCAGCUUAAGAAACUAAGUGAAGUUGAAGUAGUUCCUCACUCGGUCACCCUUGGCUAUUCCUAUUGGAGUGCAGAUCACAUAUUGAAGCAGAUUCUGCCAGAGGGAGUGGAUAUACCUUCAUCUUUUGAAACCAUAGGUCAUAUAGCCCACUUAAAUCUACACGACGAGCUCCUUCCCUUCAAAGACGUGAUAGCUAAGGUUAUCUAUGAUAAAAACUAUCCAAGGAUCAAGACAAUUGUGAACAAAGUCGGAACCAUCUCCAACGAGUUUCGAGUGCCAAAGUUCGAAGUGUUAGCCGGAGAAACUGGGAUGGAAACAGAAGUAAAGCAAUACGGAGCAAGGUUUAAGCUGGACUACAGCCUUGUUUACUGGAACUCGAGACUGGAGCAUGAGCACAUGCGUCUUACGUCUCUGUUUAAACCUGGAGAAACCGUGUGUGAUAUGUUUGCUGGUAUUGGUCCUUUUGCUAUUCCAGCUGCGCAAAAGGGAUGCUUCGUUUAUGCGAAUGAUUUGAAUCCGGACAGUGUUCGGUACUUGAAGAUUAAUGCAGAGUUCAACAAGGUUGAUGAGUUGAUCUGUGUGCACAAUAUGGAUGCUAGAAAAUUUAUUUCUCAGUUGAUGAAGGUCUCAGAUGGUGAGGGUAAUCUGCAAUCGGUUGCUGAUGACAAAACUAAGGAAGCAGUGGCAAGUCAAGAAGGUAGUGCAAUUAAGAAGCCAUCUGGUGUUUCAGAGACAGAAAAUGGGGUAGGGAAAGACUGCAAGACUAUAGAAGGAAACGCAAAGAAGAGGUUGAAACAAACGGUGCUUCCAAUCGCAAAGCCGUGGGAACAUGUCGACCAUGUUAUUAUGAACCUUCCAGCUUCUGCCUUGCAGUUUCUCGAUUCUUUCAGCAAAGUGAUUGAAAAGAAGUAUUGGAAAGGACCUCUUCCUUUAAUCCAUUGCUACUGUUUCAUUCGUGCAAGCGAAACCACAGAGUCUAUUAUUGCUGAAGCUGAAAGUGCUUUGAAGUUCCAUAUAGAAGAUCCGGUCUUCCACAAGGUCAGAGAUGUUGCUCCAAACAAGGCGAUGUUUUGCCUAAGCUUUAGACUGCCUGAAGCAUGCUUGAUGGAGGAACACUGAAACAGACAUUUCAGCGAAGCUGCAAGAACAACCCGUUGGAAUUUUUGUUUCAUUUUGAUGAGUCUUUGCGUUAAAGGAGUCUUUAUUAUCUUACAAAGAUGUUUAGUAGUUUUGAAUCCAUUGUCUGCAAAUGAUGAAAUGUUUAGUAUUUGAUGUGUUUUGCCUGCCUGAAGCAUGCUUGAUGGAUGAAUACUCAAGUAUAUCAUUUGCUACCUUAAUUGCUUGUAUUUUCUGUUUUCUGAAGUGAAAAUGGAUUCAGAGUUUAAUA